AAGGUUUGCCUCCACGCUGGAACAGCUCAGAGUAUACAGACUUUAGCAGAGUUCAACACCCAAGUCUAAAGAGGUGUAUAAGCCCCCUAGCAACUUCAGCACUUAACACGUUUCUUCAGAAGACAACUGAAGAGUACCACAAAAGGCACUUUUAACAGACACUGCUUCAGUUACACCCCGAGACUGUGCGUGUCAUUGAGCAAGCUGACUCAGAGAAGUGUCGCUAAUAAGGAAGAAAACUUUUUUCCCCAUUUGACUGGGCUUUGGGGAGUUCAACUUAAACAUCCAAGUUCGAAGAAGCUGACAAACCCCCGAGUAGCAACAGACGUUAAAGACGGGCUACACUGGACAAGUACUUCUACAACAACUUUGAAACUGAAGAAAAAAGGGCUUUCUUCUAUAAAGAACAGACUUUUUUUCAUUGCUGAAAAGUCGAGGAGGACUGACAAGUCGAACUUUGACCGAGGUGGACUUUCAAUAACUACAGGUAAAACAAGGGAAACUUUUUUGUCUCCUGUGUGAAAAAUAUUUGAACUGAGGUUUGGUCAAACUUCUAUGUCUACCAAGAUGGAACCUACUUUCUACGAUGACUCGCUGAAUGCUACCUUCUCUCAGCACGAAACAACCGGCUACGGAUAUAACCCUAAAGCCCUGAAACAAAACAUGACCCUGAAUCUCUCAGAUCCAACGGUCUCUCUCAAACCUCACCUGCGGGCAAAAGCCAAUGACAUCCUGACGUCUCCGGAUGUCGGACUGCUCAAGUUAGCCUCCCCGGAGUUGGAGCGGCUUAUCAUUCAGUCCAGCAACGGUCUCAUCACCACAACCCCGACUCCGACACAGUUCCUGUGCCCGAAAAAUGUCACGGACGAGCAAGAAGGGUUCGCCGAAGGUUUCGUCAGGGCACUGGCUGAGUUGCACCACCAGAACAUGCCCGGUGUGCCCAGUGUCACCUCGGCACCGCAGAGCAACAUUAACAACGCGAUGGCACCUGUUUCCUCUAUGGCUGGUAAUGCAGUUUUCAAUUCCAGCAUGCGUUCCGAUCCGCCCGUGUACGCCGACCUCAGCACGUUCAAUCCCACCAUGAGCACCGCAGCGGCGCCCAGCUACAGCAAUGCCAACACAAACAUGAGCUACCCACCUCCGCCGCACCAGCACCCCAUGAACUCGCAGUUGCCAGUUCAGCACCCGCGGCUCCAAGCUUUGAAAGAGGAGCCGCAGACUGUACCCGAGAUGCCCGGCGAGACCCCUCCCCUCUCCCCCAUAGACAUGGAGAGCCAGGAGAGGAUCAAGGCCGAGAGAAAGCGCAUGAGGAACAGGAUCGCUGCUUCUAAGUGCCGGAAGAGGAAGCUAGAGAGGAUUUCCAGGCUGGAGGAAAAAGUGAAGACGCUCAAAUCUCAGAACUCUGAACUGGCCUCCACCGCGAACAUGCUCCGGGAGCAAGUGGCCCAGCUGAAACAGAAGGUCAUGAAUCAUGUCAACAGCGGGUGCCAGCUCAUGUUGACACAGCAGCUGCAAACCUUCUGAAGGAGAACGCGCGAGCGAGUUAAAGACUAAUUGCAGAGAAAUCAAGGACGAAACUUAAAAGGCUAUACGAGCUAUAGCAGCGGUCAGUUAGUAUGCAGCAGUGAGAGAAAGAAACGGACUGAGAGAAAGACGAGAGA